AUGAACAUUCAGAUACCACCUUCUCAAAACACAAUGGCUCUGCCUGAUAAUGACUUUUACUCAACCAACAUGAGCUUCUCUUCCUCUCCACGUUCCUCCCAAUUCUCCCCCACUGCAUCAUCACCAGCUACCCCAUACUUUUCCUCUUCUCCUCAAGAUGGCUACUUUAUGGGCUAUGCACCACCAUCAUCCAAUGACAUGUAUCCUCCCCAACUUCAACCACAACAACAACCACAACGUGGCCAUCAAACUGAACGAAAGAAUGUCAGCACGUUUAUUAGCAAGUUGUAUAGCAUGGUUGGUGACAAGAAGCAUCAAGACCUUAUUUGUUGGAAUAAUGCUGGGAGCUCGUUUUUGAUUACCAAUUCCAAGGCGUUUUCCCGGCAGGUGCUACCUGUGUACUUUAAGCAUGGCAACUUUUCCAGUUUUGUAAGGCAAUUGAACAUGUAUGGUUUUCGCAAAAUCAACAAGGCUCCACGCAUCAAACGUGGUGUUACCUCUCAAGAAGAAAUUUGGGAGUUUUCCCACCAAAAGUUCCAACGGGAUUGGCCUGACAUGUUGUGGGAGAUCAAACGUAAAGCGGUUGAAUCCGAUGUCCUUCGACGAGAAACAGGUGAUAUGCAAGCAUGCUUUUCGAUGGUGCAACAAUCACAAGAUAACUUGCUUGAGCAAUUUCGUAUGCUACAAGACAACUUUUCCACCAUGCUACGAGGUUUUGAAGAUCUCAAAAAGUCUCAAUUGCAAAUCCAAAUGGGUAUUCAACGCCUUUCUCAAUUUGAUAAUCAUCGAUAUGACUCAAAAACCUUUGAUGAGCCGGUAACAUUGAACUCGGAUCCUCUAAUCAAUCACCAUCAUCAACGACCUCAGCAGCAACCAGCACCCAAUGCUAUCUAUGUCAAAGGAGAAAACACACAAAGCCAGCAUCAUGGUUACGAUAAUCCCUCAGUGUUCGUAACAUCGCCAUCCAAUCUGUAUCAACCCUAUCCUCAACAACAACAACAACAAUUUUGCAUCCCACAAGAAAAUUAUUUCUUGGAUGCUGUCAACACGCCACUUCCCCCAAGCCCACUGUCAUCAACACCCAGCUUUGCAAGCGAAAACUUUUCCUAG